AGCGAGCACCCGGCGGACUGGGUGAGGCGGGGGGAGGGGAGAAGAGACGAGACCGAGCAACACCAACGACUACGUUAGCGGCUAACGCAGCGCCGCCGAGCUAAUGUGGAGGCCGGGCCGAGCGCCUUAACGCCGGGGAACACCCGGGGAGGAGAUGUGUCCGACCGACAGGAGGCGAUGGGGGAGUACGUCCUGCAGUUUGGUAAAUACAAGGGGAAAUUAUUCAGAUGGCUCCUAGAAAAUGACAUUGGCUACGCCAUCUACCUGAUGAAAACGGUAGAAGAAGAGGAGAGACCUGCUCAGCCAGAUGAGCCCCUUGUGGCUAAAGCUUCAGUAAAAGCGAAGACUCUGCUGCCGGUCCCUCCUCAGCUGCUCGCCAUCGCCCCUCAGCUUGUGAGGGAAGAUCAGGAACCCAACGUGUUGAGGCCAACACAUGCAAAGCCAGCGUCCCACACUUCUUCUGCAGAGCCGGGGAUACCAGCAGCACCAUUCCUUCCUGGGGAUUCACCAUCUCAGAAUAAGGCCCCUGUGGACACACGGAGACACACGGUCCUGGAUCAAGCUCCUCCCGUCUCUGUCGACGCUUCACCCCAGCUUGCAGCCUCUGUCCCUGGUCGUGAUCAGGAUGUGGCUCAGUGGCUCUCAGCAGCAGAGGCUGUGGAUGAAGGCGGAGCUAGAGGGGUUGGGGCUGUGGCCAGGGUCACGUCCAGUACGCCACCUGAUGAACAGGCCGUCCCUGUGGCGUCAUCCACCUCAAGCGGAGCUCAUUGACUCGAUCUCUGACCUGCCGUCCCCGAAGUACUUCCAGCUUCACCCUUUUUUCAUCUGGAAGCCGGAGCACGCGCUCAUGGAGAGGGGACUGCUGUGCUGCCUUCAGGGUCCUGCAGGCUGGAGCUCAGGAGCAGCUCUUGUGGGACUGCUGGAGGACCUCAGAGGCAUUGUCUGGGAACCUGGAGAACACCAGCGCCUCAAGGACCAAGUUCAACAACGAUAUAACCAUCAAGUUGAACUUGUUCCACUGCAUGCGGCGCUUCAGUCUCGGAGCAUCACUCUCUCUACACCUUUCUGCCAGUUCCUCUCUGCAGCCUUCCUCGUUGUGGACCAGGGAGAUCUCCAGAGGCUCCAGGAGGCGAACACCUUCUGUGGGAUCUCCUCCAAAUCCCACUCAGCUGCACAUGAGAGCGCUGCAGGUGAAGGUGCCACAGCCCCAAGAGCUGCUGCAGAGGGUGGAAGACGUCCUGCUUCACUUCUACCUGAGCCGGGGAUACCAGCAGCACCAUUCCUUCCUGGGGGCAGAUGUUAAGGGACAUUUCACACAACAACUCUGCCUGUUCUAAUGACAGCGACCAGAACUCGGUUAGGAGCAGCGGACCAAACACACGUCUGUGUCGCC